AUGGCUCCUCUAAAGCGUGCAAGACACGAUGAGGGGGAUGUUAUUGCAACUGAGAGCGCAAGAUCGGCCUUGCGUCAUGAUAAUCAACGCAAACGCGCCAAAAUCUCUAAUGGUGGAUCUUCCUCGAGAUCAUUGCAAGUCCGCGACGACCGCCCCUCCAGUUCUUCAGACGAGGCCAGCGAUGAUAACGAGAGUAAUGAUGUCGAUGAUGGCGAUGAAGAAAUGACAGCUCCCCCCGGAACUCAGUACGAAAUCAUUCGCGAUGCUGGUUUCAAACAUUUGGAACACGCGGAACACGAUGAUUAUAUCGCUACUCAACAACUUCUUGCCAAAAAACAAACCCCUCUCACCAAUCGCGCCGCCGAGAAUUCUAUUAUCGAGGAAAUUCAAUGUGUGAACUUCAUGAACCACAAAAACCUUAAAGUUCCCUUAGGUCCGCUUAUCAAUUUCGUCGUCGGGGAAAAUGGAGCUGGAAAGAGUGCAGUUUUGACGGGCAUCACACUCUGUCUAGGAGGAAAGCCUAGUGCGACGAAUCGUGGAAGCAGUAUGAAAAGCUUAAUCAAGACAGGAACCGAUCGGGGAAUGCUUCUUGUCAGAUUGAAAAAUGAAGGUUCCGACGCCUAUCGGCCAGAAUUAUACGGAAAGUCGAUUAUUAUUGAACGUCAUUUCUCGGCCAGUGGUAGCACUUAUAGAGUGAAGAACGCAGCCGGUGGCGUUGUGACUAGUAAGAAGGGUGACAUGGAUGAUAUAGUGGAGUAUUUUCAGCUUCAAGUUGACAACCCAAUGAAUGUUCUUACUCAAGAUGAGGCGAAAACCUUCAUUACAUCUUCUACCCCGGCCCAGAAGUUCGACUUUUUCAGGAAGGGCGUACAACUCGAACAACUUGACAAUGAUUACAAGCUUGUUUCAGAGAGUUGUGAUCAGAUCGAAGUUCUUCUUAAUGAAAGCAUGGGUGAUCUCGAGGCACUGGAAAAACAGGCCGAGGAUGCAGAGGCAAAGAAGAAAAUUUAUGAUCAGCAUCAAGACAUGAGAGUCGAGAAGAGAGUUCUCAGAAACCAGUUGACAUGGUUUCAAGUUGACGAGCAAGAAAGCGAACUGGAGGAGCGCAAAAGGACAGUGGUGGAAACACAACGGAAGAUUGAGGAAAAGGAGAAGAUCGUAGAUGAGAAAGACCGAGCCUAUCAGACACUCGAUGCUUCAGUUGAGCGAGCUUCUGAAAAGGCAAGAAUUCUUGGAGAAGAGCUUGUCCCUAUCAAAGACGAAGAGCAAGAAGCCAAGUCGAAGGCUGAGGAGGCAGACUCGGAGGUUAAAAAGCUCCACCAGGAACACAAGGAGAGUAAGCUGGAACUCGAAACAGCAAAGCAAAAAGCUCGAACCAUACAAGGGGAAAUCGAUGCCGAGCAGAAGCGUAUUGAGGAUGCCAAUGGUGGAUCUCUCAAUCGAAAAUUCACAGAGAUCGAAUCUGCCAAGACGGAAGCUUCGCAGGCUAGAGCCGAAUUUGAGAGGAGUCAUGGAGAAAUGCAAGAAUUGGUAGAAAGGAGUCAAUCUGCUAAAACUGCACUUGAAAGAGAGCAAGGGCCCUUGGCUGCGAAGAGAAAGGAAGUGGAGAGCUGUAGGAACAGACUAAGAGAAAUACAGAACGAACGCCCAGAUCGAAUACGCAUUUUUGACCAGAAAAUGCCUGAGCUACUUCGGAGAAUAGAGCAAGAUCAAGGAUUCCUCCAAAAACCUGUUGGUCCUAUUGGUCUCCACGUGAAACUCCGCGAUCCUAAGUGGUCCGAUAUUCUCGAGGUGACUUUUGGUAACGCCUUGAAUAGUUUUGCCGUUACCAACAAAGCAGACCAGAACAGGCUUCAGAAAAUGAUCUCCUCAAUGGGUAUACUUCGAACUCAGAUUUACAUCACGAAUCCCAAACCCAUUGACACCGCAAACAACGAGCCGGAUCAGCACUUCAUGACCAUUUUAAGAAUGUUGGAUAUUGAUAGUGAAAUUGUGAGGAAUACAUUGAUCAUAAACCAAGCAAUAGAUCAGGUAUUACUGAUAGAUGACUUAGAAGAAGCAAUGCGCAUCAUGGAGCCUAGGUCUAUGCCUGCGCAUGUCAGACAUUGCUUCACUCUCAAUCCACAAAGAAGAGGCUGGGGAAUUCGCCUGUAUUGCAAUGGCCCUAACCAUCAAAAUAGUGCUCAGGACUAUGUGCCACCCUACCGGUUCAAAGCUCGCAUGAAUACAGAUGGUGAGCGCCGGAUUUUCUUGCAACAGGAAACAUUGAAACAGUGUCAAGCUGAAGAGUCGAGACUUGCAAACAGUUGCCGUACAGCUCAACAGCGUGUUCAAGAGGCAGAUAGGGCAAUCCAACAGCACAAGGUCGCCCAAGGCAGAUUGAAGAUUCGCUUACAAAAGGCCGAAGAACGUGUUGAAUCAUUAGAAAAUGAAUACAGCAACCUUAACAUUGAGGAUGGCUAUCUGGAUUCCCUAAAAGCACAAUUGGAGGAGGCAAAUGACAAUGUUACGCAUUACGAAAAUGCUUAUGGCGCUACUACUCUUGCAAGGACUGAGUACAAUACAACGUCUCUUGGCUGUAAAAACGCCUAUAGAGCCGCCAAGAAACGUGUUGAAAGUCAUGAGAAAUUGAUUGCCGACGCAAAUCAAAAGGUCAAAGCUAAAGAACAGGCACGCGCUAUAGCACUCGGGGAAAAGAAUGCUGCUAUUGCGCAAGUUGGGGUCUAUAAGGAUUACAAACGAGAAGCCGAAACCAAGCUCGCAGAUACGGAAACUCGAGUAAAAGAAUACAUUGAAGCAGCAACGCAGAUAUGUGCCAGAAUUCCAGUACCGCCACAGGAGACCAGAGCUAGUCUUGAAGCGAAGUACAAGAGUAUUACGGAUCAAUUAAGUCAGUAUAGCAGAAAGCUUGGGGUCACAGAGCAAGAAAUUAUUGAUGGCUAUGCAAAGGCUCAUGAGCUCUUGAAGAGCUUCAAAUCACGCCGUAAACACAUGGAAGAAUUGCUUCGUCUGCUUAAGUAUUCUUUCUCUCUGCGCAUGAAGCAGUACCGCAGUUUCCAGAGACACAUUUCUGCCAGAUCUCGUAUCAACUUCAAUUAUCUGCUGAGUGAGAGAGCCUUCAGGGGAAAACUUGAGAUUGAUCACAAGAACAGAUUACUGGAUGUCCAUGUCGAGCCUGACGAGACAAGUAAUAACAAGAAGGGUCGACAAACCAAGACACUUUCGGGAGGAGAAAAAUCGUUUUCGUCUAUCUGUCUACUUCUCUCUCUCUGGGAAGCUAUGGGUGCCCCUCUUCGCUGUUUGGAUGAGUUCGACGUUUUCAUGGAUGAUGUUAAUCGGGAUGUGAGCACUAAAAUGAUCAUCAGCGCUGCUCGACGCGCCGUUGGCAGACAAUUUAUCUUGAUCACACCCAAAGCCUUGGGAGCUGGUAUUGACAAAAAUCCUGAUGUGAAAAUCUACAAACUUGCAGCUCCGAGAGACAGGUUACAGAAAUCUAUUCCCGAAGCGAUAAAUCCCGCUUAG